GCGGUACUGUGUGUCUCAGCCAGUGGAUUAUGUUGGUGGUGUCUGCACGAAUGCCAAGUUAACAUCUUCUUUUUUUUGGACGUUGAAAGCUUUCGGAGUAUACGCUUUUUGGAAAUUUAAUCUGAACUUUGUGAGAAGAUGGAUAACAAGGAAGCAAAGAGUUGUGCCAACAGUGUCCUCUCCUGGGAGCAGGUGAGCCGACUGAAUGAAGUCCUGACAGAGGUCGUACCUGUUCACGGUAGGGGGAACUUCCCUACUUUAGAGGUGCGGCUGAAAGACAUUGUGGCACGGGUGCGCUCCCGCCUGGAGCUCAGUGGCAUCAGAGUAAAGGACGUUCGGCUCAACGGCUCCACGGCCAGCCAUGUGCUGGUGCAGGAUGUCGGCUGGAGCUACAAGGAUCUGGACGUCAUCUUCAGGGUGGACCUGCCGCAUGAAGCGGAGUUCAGGCUCAUUAAGGACGUGGUGCUGGGUACCCUGCUGGACUUUCUGCCUGAGGGUGUGAACAAAGAGAAAAUCACACCCAUGACUCUUAAAGAGGCAUAUGUCCAGAAGCUGGUCAAGGUUAACACAGAGCAGGACCGCUGGAGUCUCAUCUCCCUCUCCAACAAUAACGGCCGCAACGUGGAGCUGAAGUUUGUGGACUCAAUACGUCGGCAGUUUGAGUUCAGCGUGGACUCCUUUCAGAUUGUGCUAGACUCAGUGCUCACCUUUUAUGAACUGGCAAAUACGCCCAUGUCACAGGCCUUUCACCCUACUGUGAGUGGGGAGAGCGUGUACGGAGACUUCAACAUGGCGCUGAGCCACCUGCGGAACAAGCUCAUCGCCACUAAGCGGCCCGAGGAGAUCCGAGGUGGCGGCCUGCUGAAAUACUGCAAUCUGCUGGUGCGGGACUUUCGGCCAGCCAGCGAGGAAGAGUUCAAAGCCCUGGAGCGGUACAUGUGUUCACGUUUCUUUAUUGACUUCCCUGACAUCGGCGAGCAGCAGCGCAAGGUGGAAGCCUACCUCCAGAGCCACUUUGUAGGCGAAGAGAAGAGCAAGUACGACUACCUCAUGAUCCUGCGGCGAGUGGUCAACGAGAGCACUGUGUGCCUCAUGGGUCACGAGCGACGGCAGACCCUCCACCUCAUCUCACUGAUGGCCUUCCGGGUGCUGGCAGAACAGAACGCCAUCCCCGAUGCAUCCUGUGUCACCUGCUACUAUCAGCCCGCGCCUUAUGUCCGAGACCACAACUUCAGCAACUACUAUGUGGCUAACCAGAACAUUCCAACAUGGCUGCCAUGUAACUGACAAAAGAAACGAGUGGAAGGAUGUACAAGAGGGCACGGCCGCUGCUGCUUCCCAGCAGAGAGAAGGAAUAAAAAUUAAAAAACUGAAACUCCAAAAAAAUUAAAUAUUGAGGCAAUAAAUGCUUUGUUCCUCACAAGGCACAAAUGACUAUAUUUAAGUGGACAAGUGUUGCUUUUGUUUUUGGAAUCCUUUCUCAUUCCUUAUCUACAGAGGUGUCUAGGUCAUUGAAUAGAAAGUGAUAUUUUUAAGUGUUAUUUAGAUUUAUUUUUUUUUCUCUCAUCAUGUUUGUUUCCUUGUUUAUCAGCCUUACUCUUAAUGAAGUUGUGUUUUGUGCCUUAACCUCCAGGUUUACCCCCUCCUCCCUCCUCCUCCCCAUAAGUUAUAAGUAAUUAGUGGGCUAUGUUUUUGAAGGGGAAAAGAAAAUGAUAUAUAGCCUUGAAUUUGGUUUUUCUCCUGUGAUUUAAAAAAAAAAAUGUGAAAAAGCAGAAAAAAACAAAAAAUAUUUAAAAAAUGGUAUUAUUGGGGAAGAGGUCAUAUAUUAGGUGAUGGCCCAAAAAAAAGGAGGGGGGGCACUGGUGUUUAAAAGUUUAGUUUGCCCGGCAGGGGAGAGUGGUGGUACACUAAUAACUUUCGUCAUAUCAGCAACGACGGGGAAAACGAGAAGAGUCAGUUUGUGUGAAUUCAUUUUGACGUGUAAAUAUCUCUCACAGGCAUUUGUGCUCUCUCUCCAUUAUAUGCCGGCAGUGCCUGUGAUUUGUACACAAUGCAAGAGAAAAAAAAAAAUCUAUUUUUAUUUAAUUUCCCACUGUGAAUUUCAGUGUAGGAUGAGCCCCCCACCCUCCCCACUUCUCACUCUCAUUUGUAUCCAGCUUGCUCAGCCCUGCACCGUUCAUCCCAUAUCAGCUUCUAGUGGAAAUCUGCAGUGAGGCAGUUUAGUCUUCAGAUAGACUGCUUUCCUGUAUGUCUGAGGAGUUUACUUCUCCCUGUUUUAAGUUCCUUCCAAAGCCUCAGCGGUGACCACCAGAUGUCACAGUCUUCUGGUUAUUGCGGCAGGCCCACGAGCAGGACGCAGUGGACACGAGCCCACUAAGAGAAUGUGGUUAGCCUCGUUGCUUUGGAGAGAGAGGGAGAGGAGCUGGCUGGGAGUCCUGCAGUGACAGGCUGACUGGGACUGGCUGUCCAUUCCUUAAAAGGAGCAGCACAUGGUUGGCCCACAGGUGUCAUCCCUCGCAACCAUUGUAGGCUCGACAGCAGUCCUGAAAUGGGAUCCUCCUCUGACGCAGCUCAGCGACUGCCUCUCCACUCCAGGCCGUCUAUAAUUAUCCUUUUUUUCUGGUAGUGUCAGGGCAGGGAGCUGGGGACUGGUGUGCAGGCAGCAGCAGUGCCUGCCACCUUACAUGUGUGGGGAGCUGAAUCACUUCCUGUAACGUCCUCUCCAGCGCAGCAGCGGACCAAGCAGUGUUUGAACCCCAUUUGUGGUCAUAGGAGGGUAGACGGCACACCAUGGACUGAGAAUGGUAUGUUAAGAGAAACGCCAGCAUGUCUGCUACAGGGACACCACUCCUCUUUCGGGCUUGGAUUCUGAUUUAUCACUGAAGCUGCAAAUGAGUUCAGCACCCCCCCCCCAUGCAUUGACAGCAUUGGGCCCUAAACCUAUGAAUUUUCUAUUUUUAGCCGAGCCUAUUAUUGGCUGUUAAUUUUGAACACUCGCAGUGUGGCGUUACUAGCACAUGGGCUAAGCUGUGAUUUAGACCCGUCAUCUCUCCUCUCCUCCUCUACUGACAUCAUAGCAUCCAUGUUUGAGAGGAGAAAAGUUGUUCUUAAAUUUCUUACACAAGUGGCAGCUGCUGUGUCCCCACCCACCCCCCUCGCCCCUCUGUUUCUCAGAAGGCUUCGCCUUUUUUCCUGCUCAGUGCAUUGCUGCUGCUGCCAUUCAUCUCCCUGUGGCUCAUGUUUGUAGCAGAUAACCAGCAGUGUCUCUUAUCAGGCUGUCUUACAGCUCAUGGCUGGUUAGAGAAUAGUUAAGAGGAAGGUCAGCUCUUGUGCAGGUCACACCCUGUGGUCAGAACAUGUUGUGCUGGCUCAGCUGUUGAGCUUUGGUAUUGGAACUGCUUUAGUGUUUUUAAACAACUGAGGUGCCACAUACACACACAGUGUCUCUCUCUCUGGACCAAAGUAUGCUAUAAAACCAGCAACUGAAGCACUCAAGUGCCUUUCACUUUUUGGAGAGUGAGUUAGCUUUUUAAAGGUUUUUUUUUUUUUUUUAACUUGUGAUCAGGGGGGAAAGUGUUAGCAUAAUACUUUACUUGACAGCCUCUUUAAACCCCGUCGAAUUUAAGACUCAUCAUCACUGUAUUGGAAAGUAGUUUAUGGGAGAAUUCAUACAGUGUUUAUUUUUUUGGUGGGGGGGCAAAAUACAUCUGGUUUGAAUUCAAUAAGAGUUUAUUUUUCUUUUAUCAUAUUUUUUCCAGUUUCUUUUUUUUGUUUUGUUUGUUUCAAUCCCAAUCAAUACUUUUCCUUGAAACCCAUCUGUCUAGUCAUUCCUGUAACAGUCUGUCAUUUAGUUAUGCUCCUUUUUUGUCUUUUCCAACCGUUUGGAAUCAUUAUCAUUGACUUCAGUUUCUCCUGAAUGCUCCUCUCCUCUCCUGAAGUUGAACCGAUCGAUUCAGAUUUGUUCUCAACACACGCUACAUAAUAAACCUGCUUCAGAGUAGCCAGACUUAAAUAUGUCGCGCUGACAAGUUUGUGUCCCCAUCCAAACCCAAAUACUACCUGAAGUGCACUGACGAGCCGUCACUGCGGCACAGUAGCUGGAGGUCACCCAGCACAGUACAGACCCCAUAAUAACAGAAGCACUUUAAAAAAAAAAAAAAUUGAAAAAAUAAAUAAAUAAAAGAGGCCUGGUUUUACUCCGAACCCAGCCACCUGAGAGGAAUGUAAAUAAGCUAAUGUGGUCAAUUUGCUGAAUGGAGUUGAGCUGGUUCUCAGGGAUAUAAUGUGUUUUUGAGGGCUUUGUUUUUUUGUUUUUUCCCCUUUUUUUUUUUUUUUUUGGGAAGGUGAAUUGGUCUAAACAGCCCUCGACACUGAGAAGUCUCCUCCUGAUAGUUGCCUUAAUUUAGUCUUUUCUUCACUCUGUAUUGUAACUGUGACUCUCCCCCUCUUCUCGCCCCUUUACGACAGGCUCUUUAUUAUUACAUCAGGCCUGAAGUUCAGAGGCAGCCAGCAGACUUCAGCUCGCUACAGCCUGACCGCAGCACCGGGGUUUUUUUUUGUUUUGUUUUUUUUAUUAUCUGUGAAUCCAUUCACUCUGAGACAUUUAUCAUCACUCAGCAGAAGGCCUCCCCUCCUCCUCCUUUUAGUGUAGCGCUAACAGCUGGAUUUAACUCCAUACUCGUACCUCGAGAUGACGUUUGCUU